UUUAGUUUAUAUUUCGUGAAGCAAUAAUGAUAUCUCAAUGCAGUAUGGCGGCAUGAGUUUAUUUGUGAGAGCGUUUCUUACAACACUUGGGUCCAUUUCAUCUCUUUGAUGCAUUAUCGAUUUCUAGAAAAAUGUCUGUGCCCAAUCUGUUUUCUUUCAAGGAUGAAAAACCAGUGCCUGAUCCAGUGCAUGAGUAUUCAGAUUCGCUGAGAGACGGGAAAGUACCACUUGUCAUUGAUAAUGGAACUUAUCAGUGUCGAGCAGGAUGGGCCAGUAAAGAGAAGCCCCUUCUGACAUUUAAAAAUAUUACAGCAAAACAGCGAGGAAAGAAGGAGUCUGACUUACAGAUAGGAAAUGAUAUCAGCAACAUUGAGGUUGUCCGCUGGAUUCUGCGAACACAGUUUGACAGAAACGUGGUCACACUCUAUGAUGUUCAGGAGCAGAUAUUUGACUAUAUAUUCACCCAUCUGGGCAUCAAUACGGAGGGUAAAGUGGAUCACCCGAUUGUCCUGACGGAGCCUGUGUGUAACCCAAACUACUGCAGACAGCAGAUGUCGGAGCUGAUGUUUGAGUGUUACCAUGUUCCCCAAGUGGCGUACGGCAUUGACUCGCUCUUCAGUCUCUACAAAAACAAGCCACACACAGGUAGUGCAAACUGGAUGAACUCUCUCAUUGUUGACUGUGGCUACCAGGCCACACACAUUCUGCCCGUCCUGAAUGGCCGCUUGGACUCGGUCAACGGUCGGCGUAUGAACUUGGGGGGCGUGCAUGUUGACUCCUUCCUCAUGAGGCUGUUACAGCUGAAGUACCCCGGCCACCUGGCAGCUGUCACUCUGAGCCGGGCUGAGGAGCUGGUACGAGAUCACGCCUACCUGGCCACCGACUACGCUGACAACCUGCAUCAGUGGCUGGACGGAGAUUACUUUGAGAACAACGCACACAAGAUACAGCUGCCGUACACCAAUGUUAGUGGCGGCAGUCAGCUGACCCCGGAUCAGCAGCGAGAAAGAAGGGAGCAGCAAAUCCAGCGUCUGAAGGAAGUCAACUCUAAACGUCGCCUGGAGAAGCUGGAGGUGGAGGAAGAGAGACUGCGGCAGCUGAUGAGUGUCCAGGAGUUGCUGGUGGAUGGAGAUGAGGACACAUUCACGAAAGCCCUGUACAACGUGGGCUUCAAGUCGGCUGAAGAGCUGCAGGACACGGUCAACAAGCUGACCGUCAGUAUACAGAGAGCCAAAGCUAAAAUACUGGGUGUAGAACUCCCUCCUGAAGAGCCUCAAGAGGUGAAGGAGCCAGUGUUUGACCUGCUGGACAUCCCAGACGAGAUGCUCGGCCCUGAGCAGCAGGCUGCCAAGAAACGACAGCGGAUCCUGAAGAGUGCACGCGAAGGACGACUCAAAGCUCAGGCACUGCAGAGAGCCAAACGCCAGAAGGAGUUGGAAGAAGAGCGUCGUCUGGAAGUAAAGCGUCAAGCUGACUUUCACGGCUGGUUGUCAGAAGUCAGGAAAAAGAGACAGAAAAUUCUUGAAGCGAGGACAUCCCGAAGACAAAGGAAGACUGACAUGGCCAAGCGGGGGACAUACGCAUCCCAGCAGCGGAUGAAGAUAAUCUCCCAGCUUGCACAGAAUGUAAAGUCAUCGAAGAAGGAAGACACAUUUGGCCAGAAUGAUGCUGAUUGGGAUGUGUACAAGUCCAUUAACACGGAGAUGAACACCAGCGACUCCGAGGCAGAGGAGGAGAAGCUCGAGGAACUGGAGACAAUGUUGAGAGAACACGACCCUGACUUCCAGAGGGAGUUGGACUUUGGAGGCCUGCCGGGAGGAGAGUUUGACAUCGCUGACUACUAUCGCCUGUAUCUGGCAGUAGAGAGAGUGAGAGCACCGGAAGUCUUAUUCCAGCCCUCUAUGAUCGGUGUUGAGCAGGCCGGUAUUGCUGAAACUGCUGAUUUUGUUCUCAAGAAAUAUGACGCUGCCUCACAGAACAGUCUUGUACAGAAUGUAUUCAUUACUGGUGGCAAUGCCUGGCUGCCAGGCUUCAGUUGUGAUGUAAAUGUUUCAGAAUGUGUUCAUUACUGGUGGCAAUGUCUGGCUGCCAGGCUUCAGUUGUGAUGUAAAUGUUUCAGAAUGUGUUCAUUAAUGUCUGGCUGCCAGGCUUCAGUUGUGUUGUAAAUGUUUCAGAAUGUAUUCAUUACUGGUGGCAAUGCCUGGCUGUCAGGCUUCAGUUGUGAUGUAAAUGUUUCAGAAUGUGUUCAUUAAUGUCUGGCUGCCAGGCUUCAGUUGUGUUGUAAAUGUUUCAGAAUGUAUUCAUUACUGGUGGCAAUGCCUGGCUGUCAGGCUUCAGUUGUGAUGUAAAUGUUUCAGAAUGUGUUCAUUACUGGUGGCAAUGUCUGGCUGUCAGGCUUCAGUUGUGAUGUAAAUGUUUCAGAAUGUGUUCAUUACUGGUGGCAAUGUCUGGCUGCCAGGCUUCAGUUGUGAUGUAAAUGUUUCAGAAUGUGUUCAUUACUGGUGGCAAUGCCUGGCUGUCAGGCUUCAGUUGUGAUGUAAAUGUUUCAGAAUGUGUUCAUUACUGGUGGCAAUGCCUGGCUGUCAGGCUUCAGUUGUGAUGUAAAUGUUUCAGAAUGUGUUCAUUACUGGUGGCAAUGUCUGGCUGCCAGGCUUCAGUUGUGAUGUAAAUGUUUCAGAAUGUGUUCAUUACUGGUGGCAAUGCCUGGCUGUCAGGCUUCAGUUGUGAU